ACAAUUGCAAUUUUACAUUUUUAUAGUGAGAGAAAUAUAUAAAUUAUUUGGGUUAGAAAGUGAAUGGGAAUUAAUCUAUGAUAACAGAUAGCUUUGUGUCGAUAUAAUAUCUUUUACUGGUGAGUCCUGUAUGAGUACUUAUUGUACUGUAGGUUUCUGUGAUGCUGCCUUCUGUGCACUACCCCGACGACCCGUGCGGUGAUGGCGAGGAAACCCCGUUGACAAGGCACUGCUUUUUCAUGACGGAUAUAAAGGGUGUUCAAUGACUGAUUCCAUGCUCUCUGCCAGAAAGCUGUGUCAUGGAUGAUGAGGAAGAUCGUCGUCUUCUGGAUAUUAUUGGAGAUGUGCAGGCGUUAAAUGACUAUCUCCAUGGCUCCAACAACAAGUCUAUCGAGGAGGACGAUGUGACUAAUGCAGCGUAUGGGCCUGCGGGGAGCUUCUUUGCUGGAAGCACUGCUGGAGCCAACUCUGACCUCAAGCAUGGCCCCUCUUCCCUGGGGGAGUUUGCUGAAGAUUCGACGGGGACAGGCCUUCAGCUCUCCAGCAGCCUGUCGUUCAUCGAGGAUGAGCUGGGGGAGGCUGCAUCCCCUGGAGGGGUGGAGCUGGGUGGAGAGGACCAGCCCUUUGACAUACUCCAGAAGUCCCUUCUUGAGGCAGACAUUACUGAGCAGACUCUGGCCCAGGAGGCCUUGCUGGACUCGCAGCCGCCCUCGGUCCAGGCCACAUCCCCCUUCCCCUCCCAGCUGGUCUCUGGGGGGUAUGGAGGGGGGACUGGGGUUGUUACCACAGCGACGGCAACCUUCUCUGGGGGUCAGUUCCUCCAGGGGAUAUCCCAGCUGCCUAAUGGCUCGGCUGGGCAUAUCCAGGUGCUGGGUCCGUUUGGGGCUGGCGGUGGGGUUAUGACGUUGAGCAGCCUGGACAGGUCUCCUCAGAUCCUGCUGAGGCCCGGUGCCCCGGCCGCCACGGCGCAGGUGUUCACCCCGCCCCCAGCUCAACUGGGCCAGGUGGGCUUGCCCUUCAAGAACAUUCCUCUCCAGAACAUAAUCAUCCAGAGAGGUCCAGGAGGGACACAGACACUGGUCAGACCCAUCCAGCCUAAACCCCCCCAGUCUGGGUCUCAGACUUUGUACAGCCUGGGCAUCCAGCCUACCACCACCACUGCUAAUGUGGCUAACACAGCGAGCCCUGUAGGGGGACAAUACACAGCCAACGGCUCUAUCCUGGUGCACUCUCCUCUGGGGCAGGGACAGGCACAGGGGCAGUACUCUGUGGCUCUUACACCAGCCACCACGGUCCACAAUGGCCCCACAGACCCCAACAACACCCUUCUCACCAAUCAGAAUGCAGUGCAGCUUGUUGCCGGGCAGAACUUCACAGCCACGGCUGGAGGUCAACUCAUUGUUAACCAAGGCGUGGCAGCAGGUGUGCCGGUGGGGGGUUGGUCAACAUUCCCUGGUAGCAGUCCUGUCCCUGGCCAGGCAGCAUGUAACCAGCGUCUGACGCUGGUGGGCCCAGCCGCAGGAGUAGUGGGCAGGGGGCAGGUUUCUGGGAGCCCAGUGCAGCGCCUGGUGGUGACCCACAACAGCUCCUCCCUAUCCCCCGGCCCGGCUCCUCAGGAGCAGCAAGACUACACCCAGGAUUCUUCAUCACCUGGCCUUUCCCAGGAUGGUUCACAGGCACAGCUCGUCAACCUCCUUGGCACCAAAGCAACGAAAACUACAACGUCCAUCAGUCAGGACUCUCUGCUGAUUGCACAGGGCUGCACCCAGAAGCGUCCAGCACCCCACCAGCUCACCAGAGGAGGCAUGAUUCUGCAGCAGCUGAGAAAGGAUCAUUCUGGAGUGUUGUCAACAGACUACAGGCGUUUCACUUCGUUGGAAGAUACGUUUCACAGACUCAUGCCCUAUCAUGUGUUCCAGGGCGCUGCACCAAAUCAUGAGUUCUAUCUUGUGGAUGAGGAGUUUGAGUCUGUGGCUACACAAGUACUGAAGAGAACCCAGGCCAUGGUUAACAAAUACAGACGUCUACUCAUGGUGGAGGCUGAGCGUUCUAGUCCUUCUUCAGAGAUGGUGAUGAUCGACAGGACCUUCAACCAGGAGGAACGUAGUAACCUGACCCAAGACAAGAGGAUGGUACUAGUUGACCCAGAUGGCUUCCUGGAGGAGUUCUGCUGUGGAGUGAAGCCGUCCCCUGCCCUGCCAGACCCCUACCUCCCUCCCCCCUCCACCAGCUGCAGACAGACAGGCACGGGCCCCCAGGGGCCAGGGAGGACAGACCCCCAGGCCGGGUAUGGGGACCCGGGGGGGGGUGGAGGAGGGAAGGAAAGGGGGGGUCUGUCUCAGCACAUAGACACAUCUGCCAAAAGCAUCCUGGACCUUAAAAGGACAAGGCAAACCUACAGCUCUAACAACAGCCUCGUAGCUGCCAGCAACCAUCAGCACGCCAGCCUCUCUCCACCCACAGCCCUGGCAGCAGGACCCACUCACUACCAGGUGUCUCAGCUGUCCUCCCCAUCCCUCCAGCCCCACCUCCCCCCAGAGCUGCCCUCGCCCCCGGCCACAGACACAGACUCGGUCCUGGAGGCGGCGGUCAACAGCAUUCUGGAAUGUUAGACCUGCCACCUGCUGCUUCCGACUGCUCCCAGCCUCCACCCACUCACCACAUACUCUCCUGGGUGGGACUCUUAUUUAGUCACUUUUUGUCUUUGAACAUUCCCUCCCUCCCGUUGGAGGUUGGCUCCGUGUCCUAUCCACACCCCUGCACCCCAUGCUGCGCAGCGCCGUGCUCACUAACUGGGCAGAAGAACGAGGAUGAGGAGAAUUUGAAUUAUUCUGUGCCUGAGAAAUUCUGUGUUGUCUUUGACACGUUUACAAGAAGCAUUGUCUUCUGCAACUGACACAGGAGUCAGAGAUGAGUUGGGAAGGGAAGUUUGGAUUGUUCCUCAGAGGAAUAUGGAAAUGAUACAGUCCAACACAUUCUGCACAGAUGAUCUGGUUCAGCCAUGCCAUUUAGAUGACUCCCCAUUCACACAAGGAUUGGGUCAUUUGCGUAAAACAAGUGUGGAAUGACAUCACUAUCUCAUCUCUGCCUGUCAGCUGACUAGAACAGUCUAUGAUGACAAUGGUUUUUUUCUCCCAUAACUGAAUUAAGUUAACCACACACACAUACACACAGUGUCUAAAAGCAUUUGUCUGCCAGUUUUCUGUCAUUUGAUCUAUUUUGGCAUUUUUCUUUUGUACCUUAAAGGUAUGUGAACCCCCUACACACCUGUACACACACAAUGUGCUUGUGUUUGGGGGGGUAAACCCUCAGAUUGAGGGAGAUAAGUUACAACAUGUUUAUCUUUUUUUGUGUUGAUGGAAUCGUUCUCCUUGUAAUUUUUAAACGUCACUUGUGAUAAAAGUGAUGACCUAGCUUUGUGAUCACGGUAAGUUGAUGUGUGAAUGAUUCAUGUGAUUGACCCUGGCUGCUUAUGUCCAGCCUUUGCAUAUUGCUCUAUGCUAGUACGUGUUCUGAUGUCUGCGUCUCUUCACGUGUGUGAUGGUGCGUGUUUGGUCAUGUCAGUCCAUUACCUCCCAGUCAUCAUCCUUCACUCAUGUCCUUCCCUGUGAGGGCCCAGCGUGUCUACAGAGCUCUGUAAUCCCACUGGGGGAGGAGCUGAGGGUUUUGCCGAGGUAGUCAUGCCAGCUGGGGGAGGUCAUCCUCUAGACCUUGUUAUGUGACCGGUACCUCCAGCUCUCUGCAUCUGAACCCCACAUGUUUGAGCCCCUCGUCUGCAGAUCCACCCUGAGAGACACGGGGUGUAGUGUACACCCCGUGUACACCCCGUAAGAGGGGUCCAGCCUGCUCUUGCUGAGGUGCCAGGCUGCUGCAUAUGAUGGUACAUAUUAUAGAGCCUAGUGUUGAAAUUGAGGCUAUGCCCUGCUCAUCACAGAAGCUGAUGUCAACCCUCUCUUGAACCCAGACAUUGAAUAGACCUGAGUUUGGUACAGGGCUGUGCAGCAAUGCUGCAGCAGCAUAGGUCUCACCUAGUGGGAUUGCUACCAUUAGUUGUGUAACUAUGUAUGGC